AUGACGAAUUACAUCAAAGACAUUGAAGAGAUACCGAACUUGAAGCCACCACAAGAAACAUUUGUUGAUGAUCCAACUUCAUUACAAGAUAUUCAUCUUGAUGAAUUGACAUUUGAUUUGUUGAAUGGUUUGAAAACUGUAAGCAAUUUGCACAUUUUUCAUGUUGUUUACAUUUAUGCUCUGUUUAUCAAAUUCAUGAUCAAAUUGCAACAACAUCCACAUCUUUAUGACAAAUUUAGACAACAACAAUUGAAUCAAUUGGAAGAAGAGGCUGAUUCUGUAUCAGCACAACAGAAAGAGAGCUUAAACAAUGGAAGAGACACUAUUAAUUCUUCAUCUACUGAUUCCUCUUUGUCACCUAUGUCACCACCAAUUUCCAACUCAAGUUCAACAUCAACUACAAAUGCAAAUAGUUUAGAUUCUUCUACAUCAACGCUAAGUACUGAAGAACCUAGUGACAAAUCAACUACUCCGCCUGUUGCAACCACAACUGUUGAAAUAGACGAUGGAAACACAAUUGUUUGUGAUUAUACAAAUGCAAAUGGAAUAUCGGAUGAAAUACUUGACAAAUAUGAUGAUGAUGAGGUCUUAUUCAAUAGUGAAAAUAUAGACAAUGUCAAUUUCAAUUACAAUGACAAUGAUAAUCAAGGAGACACAAACGGUGGUUCGUUUUCUCCAGGUAAGUACAUACCUAUUGAGACACUACUUGAACAAUUUAAAUUGAGUGAGCACAACUCAUCGCAAGACGAUAUCACUUCAUCCAAAAAAAGUGUACCCGUCCUUGAAUCCAAUUUUGCAAAAUCGGUUGUCUCCGAAAUUGAAUAUGCACAAACAAUCAACCGAAAUCUGAACCAUUCCACACAAUUGAGUAAAGUAUUUCAAUUGAUUAAAACUCCAAAUUUACCCAUUGAUCAAUUCCUUUUGCGGAUAAAACAAUACUCACCUUCGAUUUCUAUUCCAGCAUACCUUCAUUCAAUUUUUAUGUUGUUCAAAUUGACUAUUUUGCUUUCACUGAUUCAACUUACAACAAACAAUUCAUAUCGAUUCAUAGUUGGCGCUUUAAGAACAUGCACCAAGCUUCUUGAUGAUGUUUAUCAAAAACAGCUGAAUUUUACUCAUGUUGUUGGCGUUAAUUUACGUGAUUUAUCCAAGAUUGAGGUUAAUUUUUGUUAUUUGAUCAAUUUUAAUUUCAAUUUGCAAUGUUUAGAUCAGCAAUUGGCUCGGUUUUUGAAAUAUGAGUUUGUUGAAUUAUGUCAGUUUAUCAAAUUGGAGUUAAAUGAGUUUUACAAUGAAGUUGUUGAUAGUUUAGCAAGUUGA